AUGACAGAAUCAGCCGACUCGGAGGGCCGUGCCGGCCUCUCCCGCUUAUCACCGCUCGCUUCCGGUCCAGCAGCGCUCCGGGCGCCACCCCAGGAUACGACGAGGCGACGACGAGACUCUGUUUUCAGACGUAACUGGGUUCGGCGAAAUACGGCGGCCGAUCCGUACGGCAAGCGAGAGUCAUAUCUCGAUAUCCCCUCCGAUAAAGUCGACCGCAUGAGGAGGAGGAGCUCGACCGUCGACAUGGACCUGGUGGCCCAACUGCUCGAAAAGGAUGAACUCGAAAUCGACUCCCACGGCGUCACCGAGCUGCGUGACGGCUGGUUCGACGCCGUUUUCCUCAACGCACCCCGCUUAGACAAGGAGAGUCUGCUGAAACAUGCGAGGUCGACCCUCCCCGCCGCCUUCGACAAGACGCCCCCCUUGUCCAUCCGCCACUUUUUCCCCAAGCAGCGGCGACAGCUCAAGUCGGUCUUUUUCAAGGUCACCACGACCAACGCGGGCAUCCGACUGCUCAAGGCGUUCUUGGGUUUCUUCGCCGCUUACAUACUGUGCCUUGUCCCCCAGGUCAGGCAGUGGCUGGGUCGGUACAGUUAUAUUAUGGUCAUCUCUACCAUCAUAAAUCAUCCCGCCCGACCCUUCGGCGCCCAGCUUGACGGAACUGUCUCUACCAUUUUGGGCACCGUCGCUGGCCUGGGCUGGGGUGUCUUGGGUCUUCUCCUGGCCUACUCCUCCUUGGCCGCUCGGGCGGGCUUCGCCGGUAUUCUUGUCCUAUUCUUCUCUAUUCUGCUUGCAGGUGCCGCCUUCCUCCGGUCCUAUUUUUCUAGGUUUUUUCACUUCUCCAUCAGCGCCGGCAUAGCCAUGUGCUAUACGUGCCUGGCAGAAGUUGAUGGGCAGGAAAUCAACUGGGCCAAGCUCUUCUCCUAUGGCGUGCCCUGGGUCCUCGGUCAGGCCAUCUGCCUGGUCGUCAAUGUGCUGUUCUUCCCCGAUGCAGGCUCCCGACGUCUGGCCGAAUCAUUGUCUGAGUGCUUUGCCAUCAUGCAGAAUGCUCUCAAUGUCCCAAGGCCACGAGAUCGACACAUACAAAGACUCCUUGCACGGUCUUUUGUAAACAUUGGUGUUGCCUACCGCGACUUUGCGAUUGACAUCUCCAUCAGCCGCUUCCGUCCCAGCGAUGUGCGGAACUUACGGAAUCUGAUGCAGGCCGUCAUUCGCUCGCUGCUCCUAUUGAAAACCGAGACCCGUCUCUUCGAGAAUUGGGAUCCACCGGAGGGAAUAACAAGUCCGGUUACAGUGACCAUAUCUGAUGCAGACACAUUAGGAGUGGCCGCCGAAUUCUCCGGAUCUUCCGACACUCGACCCCCAGGUUCGGGGCAGCAGGACGCCGUCUUGCCUAGAACUGUGGCGAGACAACUAGCCGAGCCAACUCGGGAGGUGAUUUCGUCCAUGAAAAGCACGUUGCUGUCUUGUAAUGCUGCUCUUAUGGACAUAUCUGGCUAUCGCGCUUCUCUGGGACCUCCUAAGAAUGUCCCCUUGAACAUCGAGGAAGCCUUGGCAGAGCUUCAGCGGGCCAACGAAAAAUUCGAUCGAGCCGAUGACGAGCUAAACGGACCCGGUGGCCUCCCCUUCAGCUCACUGACGGCGCCUGAAGUCGCAGAGCUGCUGGUCUUCUCGCGGUACAUCCGAAUGGCGGCGACUUCCAUCUAUGCCCUUGGGACGCAUGUGCAAAGCAUGAAGCAAAGCUCGACCUCACGUAGACUGCACCGUCCAUCGUAUCCUGUCAACAAGAUAGUCAAUUACGCAAACACACAAGUCCAACACGAUCGCGGGGGAGUAACAGCUAGUCUGUACAAGAGCACGUUUCAUGAUAUUUGGGUUCUAAUUGAGUCCAUAAAGUCUCGGGAACACCACCCUUCUUCGUCUCGUGGGCUGGCUCCGUGGCCCAGCGCCACAAGCACAAACACCAACAUGACUACUGUAGAGAAAACACCGACUAGGAUGGAGGCGGAUGAAGAUCCCGGGCCCAAGUCCAGACGCCGGAGAAUCAUGUAUCGCAUCUGGCGAGUGCUCCAUCGACUUCAAGGGUUCGAGUCCAAGUAUGCCGUCAAAGUGUGUAUACUCACCGUCUCGCUCGCCGUGCCAGCUUGGUCGCAACAGAGCCGUGGGUGGUGGAAUCAGUAUGAGACGUGGUGGGCUGUAGUCACUGCAUGGCUGAUGGUACAUCCCAGGAUUGGUGGCAAUGUCCAAGAUCUCUUUACGAGAGCUUUUUGCGCAGUCCUUGGCGCCGCGUGGGCGGGGGCCGCAUAUGCCGCCGGAGACGGUAACCCUUAUGUUAUGGCCAUCUUUUCCGCCAUAUUCAUGCUUCCCAUGCUCUAUCGCUUCACCCAGAGCGCGCACCCGCGCUCCGGGAUUGCUGGGUGCGUCUCCUUCACCGUAGUCUCGUUAUCGCUGGUCACCUCGGAAGGUCGCGCAACACCAGCAUUCAUGGCGGUCACCCGCGGCCUGGCUUUUCUGGUAGGAACCGUCAGCGCCGUCGUCAUCAACUGGUUACUCUGGCCAUUCAUUGCACGACACGAGCUACGGAAGGCUCUGUCAUCCAUGCUCUUUUUCCAGAGCGUCAUUUACCGAAGUACCCUGUCCCGCUAUGUUUAUUACGAUGACGAAGGACAGCCCACUCAGGAGGACAUUGAACGUUCUGAGAUGCUCGAAGGGCGUUUGCGCGAGGGAUUCGUACGGAUCCGUCAGAUCCUCAUCAUGACUCGGCAUGAGCUCCGUCUUCGUGCCCCCUUCGAUCCCCUCCCCUAUUCGGCCCUGGCGGAUGCCUGCGAACACUUCUUCGGUCAUCUCGUAUCUAUUCGUCAAGCGGCUCUCUACUAUAACCCGGGGAACAUUCGAAGCGAUGAUGACAUUGCUGCUAGGCUACUUCCGUAUCGUCGUGAUGCCAUAGCAUCUAUUCUCAGCAACUUGUACAUCUUGGCUGGCGCCUUGAAAUCGGACCGUAAGGUUCCUCGCUACCUCCCAAAUGCAGCUGCAGCCCGCAAACGCCUCUUGGGUAAAAUGGCCGAAAUCGAGAAAGAAGUGGCGGACAGGCAGACCCACGUAGACGCUGACUAUCACGAUGCGAAGACGCCCCAGUCCGCCGGCGGAUUCGAGAAAUGGGCGCACAUCUACGCCCAUGCCCUCAACGAGAGUCUGACGGGAUGUGUCGCGCAACUGAGAGAAAUGGAGCGGUAUUUGAAGCUCAUUGUUGGAGAACAAGGGUAUGAUGAUGAAUUUCGAGAUGAUGAAGAGGCAGAAGAUGAGACUACGAGUGACGAUGAUUCGGACGAGGAAUCUGAUGAGGCAUCUGGUUCAAGGGCGAACGGGCCAAAUGGGGAGACAGGACGCAAUAGAUCCUGACACACGCUUUGCAUCAACUCGGUCUGAAGCACAUGGUUAUUUUGAACAAUGCCCAAAUUUAUCAACAUGACAAUGCCCGUGAUCUGGACACAUCCAAAAGCCCUGCAUGACGGAAAGGAAGCAGAAGAGCUGGAUGCAAACAGACGCCCUCUACUCCUGAUCAAAACGCCUGCCCAGACUACCAAAAAUCCCUAUCCAUGUC